AUGUAUUCGCAUUUUUCUAUUUCUGCUAAAAGAAGAGAAACUUUAAAAGAAUUUCAUAAUUUUGUUGAAAUAGAAUGGAAAGAAUCAAUAAGACAUGUUGGUACUAGGUGGUUAUCGUUACUUCCAUGUGUGGACAGAAUAUUGUGUAACUAUCAAGCUUUUAUAAGUUAUUUUUUAAGUCUUGGUUCAGACUGUCCAAAACAAAUACAAUCAUUACUUAAAAUUACUGAAGAAAGUCAUGUAGUUAGUGAGGAAAUAGAAAUAUAUUUACUUUUUUGUAAUCCUAUAUUUAAUAAUGCUGUGAAAAAAAUUGAAAAAAAUUCUACUACUGUAAUUGAAUUAUUUAGUAUUAUGUUGAAUCUCAAAACCAGUCUUUUAAGUAGAAAAACUGAACAAUUUUUUGGUUUUUUAACAAAUCAAAAACUGAACAAUUUACAAGAUAAGAAUCUGAAAAAUACUAUAACAAGAAGUUUUAAUUUAUUUAUUGACGAAGCACUUAAAUAUUUAAAUAAUCAUUUUGAUUUUGAUGAAAAACAAAAUUGGUUAUUUAAAUUAACACAUUUUCAGCUUUCUCAGAAUACAUUUCCUACCUAUAAACAUUUUGAAGAAAUUGUUCAUCACAUACCUCAACUACAAAAACUUGAUUUUGACAAACUUUUUGAUGAAAUAGUUACAAUACAAUCAGUAUUUAAACAAUUUAUUAAGACAAACGACUGGAAAAAUGUAAAAACUAUUCCAGAAAAAUGGCAAUUUAUUUUUCAGAAAGAUAUUGAAUUGCCCAACAUGUUUUUAUUCAUUUCGUUUUUAUUAACGCUACCAUCAAGUAGUGCAUUUACUGAAAGAGUAUUUUCUGUAAUGAAUAUUAAAUGGAGAGAUGAAAGGAAUAGGUGUUCAACAGCUCUUAUAAAAGCUGAACUAUUGAUUUAUUUCAAUUAUAAAGAAGACUGUCUUGAAUUUUCCAAGUCUGUUAAAAAUGACAAAGAUUUAAUUAAAUUGGCAAAAAACCAAAACAAAUACUCAUUCAAAUGA